GCUGUGUUUUAAGAAAAACAAACUUUCAAACAAUCAAAAAUUUCAAUGUAAAUUUUUUAGUUUUUUGUUUGUUUUUUUUUCGGGAAAAUUUUUCCAAACCAAAAAAAAAAUCAUGGAUUGGAUGUAUAAAGGUGUUUCCGGUCAUGUUGAUCGUGAAGAUUAUCUUACUGGACGUAAAAUUGAUAAAUCAUUUGAAAUGUUGGAUAGUGAAGAGAAUCCAAAAUUACAUCAAAAUGAUGAUGAAUUUCGUUUACCAAAUAUCGCAUCAUCAUCAUCAACAGCAUUAAAUGAUAAUUUAGAACAAUCAAUAAUGAACAUGUCAAAAGCAGAUAUUAUGGCUAAAAUGCAUGAAGAUCCAUUAUUUCAAAUCAAAAUGAAACAAUGGGAAAAACGAAAAGAAUUAUUAAAAAAUCCAUUAAAAUUGAAAAAAUUAAAAAAUCUUUUACAAUCAUCAUUGGCAAAAGAAGAGAAAAGUAAAAAACGUAAAAAGAAACGAAAAUCAACGGAUAAGAAGAAGAAAAAACAUCGAAAACAUCGUACCAAACAUUCAUCCACUUCAUCAUCAUCAUCGUCGUCGUCGUCAUCAUCCGAAUCUGAAUCAUCAGAUUCUGAAUCUGAUUCCCGAUCGAAAAAAUCCCGUCAUCAUCAUCAUAAUCGUGAUCAUAAGAAUAAUCAUCAUAAUAAAGACAAACAUCAAAAUGAUAGAAAUCAUUCGAAACAAAAAUCAUCAAUCGAAUCAUUUAAACAUCGUAGUGAUAACAACAAUCGAUAUAGAUCGAAUCAACAAUCGAUACCACCUCCACCAUCGAAAAAUAAAUCAAAAUUAACGGAAGAAGAAUUUGAAAAAAGACGAAAAGAAAUGAUGUCAAAUGCUGAAUGGCGUGAACAAACACGUAAUGAAAAAGUAAUAAAAUUAAAUGAACGUGAUCGUUUGGAAGAUCAUUUAGCAAAAGAAUCAUUUCGAAAACAAAAAAAUGAUGAUUCCGACGAUGACAAUCAAAAACAUGGUGGUAAAAAUCCCAAUUUCAUUCGUACAAUGUUAUCAAAAAUGGCUGAUAAAAACACGGUUGAAAGAUCAGUACGACAGAAACGUUUUCAAUCACAACGUGAUCAUCAAGCAAUGGAUAGAAAUUUUGCAAGAAAAAGUUGAA